AUGGACGCACCGGCCACUCCGUCUCCUGCUGCUGACAGCGGCAUUGCGUCGUUGCGGAGUGCUCUAGCUGAAAAGAAUAGCCUCCCGUCGACCACCAGCGUCGCUAUCGAUGCGUUUCUGGCCACGACGCAGCGACUACAGCAUCGGGGCAGACGUUCGGGCGCCUCAGGCUUCGAACGGGAGUACAUGGAACUCUGCUGGAGUAUCGACAAAGCGCCAGGCUACGAGGCAGCGCUGACUCUGCAGACUAAAGCUACCAAGGCCAAAAACCGGUACCUGGACGUGCUUCCGUUCGAAAAGACGCGGGUGAAGCUACAAGCAGCGUCUGCGCAACCAGGAGACGACUACAUUAACGCCAAUUACAUUGACGGAGGCUACAUCGCCUGCUGUGCACCGGUACCUGCAGCCAUCCGCGACUUCUGGCACAUGGUGUGGCAAUGCGACGUGCACGUAGUGCUCAUGCUCACGAACUUUGUCGAAAGUGAGAGACGGAAAGCCGACUUGUACUGGGACCCACGAGGAAAGACUGUGGCCUUUGACAGCCUGCACGUCCAGCUGAUGGAAGAGCAACAUCCUACGAGCUUGGGGUUCAUUGUCAGAAAGCUUAAGGUCUGGAAGGAUGGGAGCGGAGAAAGCCGCGUCGUUCAGCACAUUCAGCUGACGACGUGGCCCGAUCACGGUGUGUUACGUGACUUCCGAGUAGUUGCACCAAUGCUCGAUGCAGUCAACAGCUACCGUGACGAGGCAUCGAGGCGCUAUAAGGUGGAUGCGAGAGUUGUGGUGCACUGUAGUGCCGGCAUUGGACGCUCCGGCACGUUCAUCGCCAUAGAUAUUCUGUUGAAGCAGCUGCGUCAAGCUCUGAUGGAUACAGCGGAUAGUGCUGAGACGAUGAAGCAGGCUCUGGACAUCCCGCGAGUCGUCUACAGUCUGCGAUCUCAACGACCUGGCAUGGUACAAACCCCGGGACAAUAUCAAAUGAUCUACCAGUAUUUAGCUGCCGUGGUUAGCGACAAUCAACCUUGGUGA